GUUGUGCUGCUCCUGUUGAGACAGCACUUCCCCUUUGUCCCGCGGACUAUUUUCUUAUUUCCAAACUGACGCGUGUGGAUCUGGUUAUUUACAGCCUAUAAAAUACUCACGAAGAAAGAAUAUUUAAAGAUGGUCAUGCAAUGAUGUCCUCCGUCAGAUAAUCUGUUUUAAUGACGUCCAGGGUUUAUAAUAGUGGGGAAUAUUCCUACAACUCUGGUUUUAUUAUAGUUGAGGCUUGGCUUCCCAGAGUUCUGACCCAAAUGUGGCUCCGGGAUCACAUCAGAUCAGAUCUGCAUUCAUUUAAUAAGACAGAUCAGUGAAGAACAUCAUCAUCCUGGGGCUGACUGUAUGAGGAGUGUGUUGUGUUUUCAGUGUGCGUGUGUGUGCGUGUGUGUGUGUUGUGGUCAAGCACAGAUCUUGUCAUUUUGGCUGCCAGGGUAUUGCUGCCCUCCCACGUUUGUGUGAGAUCCACUGUUACUUAUAAUAUUUUGUGAUGGUGUAAUUCUGGAGGUUUUGAUGCUCCCAAUAUGACCGGAGGAGUAAAUGAAACAAUUUGGAGGAUGUGAGUAGUUUCAGCAUACACAAUAAACAGAGUUGUUUAAAUGAUAAUAAGUGAUACAUCAGUUAUAGUGGAUGAGGUUGUUUCCAGCUGUCCAAACUCAUACUAAUGCAUUUAAAAGCAAAGCUGGAAACUAGGUUGUUGGAUAAACCACCAGAGUGCUGGUGCUGUCCAGUGUUUAUGCCCACGUCGGAUCAGUUGGUUUAAAAGGAAUAUUUAAUUAAAGGGGUUUGACUCAUCAAAUUAUUCAAAACAUACCUGUGGAACUUGGGAAGUAAAGAGGCACAGGUUUACCUGAACCCGAAUCUGAUCGCGAUUGAAACAACAGUUGGUCAGAGUGUUUCUCUCCAGUCUUAGAAAUUGUGAACUAUUAGGACUUGAGCCCAUGUUCCUACAACUCAGAUGACCUAAAACCACACUGAGGAUUUGAAGCUUGCCACCAAACGUGCUUUGGAUGGGCCAAGGACGUUCAAGUGUUGAGGUUUGGAGACAAACGCGUUGUUGGAGUGAGAACCACCAUAGCUUAGCUUUAUGUACGAUCCAUUGUUCUGACUGGCUUCUCUGUAGAUACCAGAUGGGAUUGUCAGACGUGGAUUCCAGCUCAGGGACUAAAAACAUUUUCAUUCAUUAUGCAGCGAUGCAAGUAGGCGGUGCCACAUGACAAUUAGGAGCUAGCUGCCUGCAGAUCGACUAAAAAAAUGCAUGGACAUGUUUCAAACCCUUAAAUAAAUACAGUGAUCAUUGCCAAUUUGACACUCGGAAGCCUUCUCGAAUCAAGCAGCAAAAUGACUAACGCCAUGGUGAGGUCAUACCUGGUGUUUACACCCAGCGCUUGGUUCUUAACUGUCAUCCUCUCACAGUUCUCCAGUUAUUCAGACAUGAUUUGCUCUUUUGUUUUUAGUCAUCCAAACUUUAGUUAGAUAAAAGGCCACAAAGGUGCUAACACAGGUGCAAUUUUUCAUGAAAUGAAGCAGUUCGUCAUGCAAGUGUUGAAUUCUACACAUCAAGUAUACAAGCAGAACGAUAAAAAGUAAGGAAAUGAAUGUUGGGUCGAUUCUUGUUUGUUCUGACGAUGCUUUUAUGAAGGGCUGAAAAGAUUCAAUGAUAAACUCAAUUGGAAAAUAAAAUUGAGGCAAAACGAACAGUAUUAUUAUUUUAAACCACAUGACUGCACGCUUCUCUAUAAUGAUGAGUUUUACAGGGACAAAUGACUGAUGCGUUUCUGAUAGGUCAAAAUAAUGACUGGAUCCCUUGCAGACACAGUUACUCUUUACAGUAAGACCAGCAGGUGUAAAGGUUGGUUUAUGCUUGACGCGUCCGCGAGGUCCGCUCGGCUCCGCGCGGAAAAGUUGCGUCAUUUUAUAAUUUAAGAACCACGCCCCUCCACCGCGCCUCCGCACGGCCCAAAAUUUCCGCAACGCACACCUAGGAAAUUUUCUAACCACGCGGACGGUCGGACGCGGAAAAACAUGGCGGACCGGCAAGAACUAGUAUGGCAGAGGUUGGUAAAUACAGACAUUUUUAUGAUUCAGCUCUCAGAGAUCACCGUGAUCAACAUGUUGUUAAUAAUUCUUGGAGAGAAAUAGCUCGCACUGUCGGAAAAGACGAGGACGCUGUUAAAAAUGCUGGAAUGCCAUGUUGUAAACAGUAAUUUCUACUUCUACUAUGGUGUAGUGUUGGAUGCAUGCCGUAGAGCUCCAUGCUGCCCCCUACAGUUUGGGAGAAUAUUGGCUCACCGCAGAGACGAGCCGCAUGAACCAUAAACGCUGCGAGUUGUGAAGCGCGUUCCAUCCGCGAGCCGCAUCACCGCGCGGAAAGUGAAUGCGUCAAACAUAAACCACGCUUUAGUGUUCAUAAUCUAAAGAGCAGAGAGGGGAACAAAUAACUUAAUCAAUGGAUUAUUUAGUAAACUACUAAAUUACUAAAUUAUGUUUUACCUACAGCCCAUCUUCUUGAAUAUAAAUCUUAUAUUGUUGGAAAGCCUGAGUAGUCACCUUUAGAACGAGAUACAACUUGUAAGGAUUGUGUGUCUGUGGAAAAAACCAACCUAGCUAAAUAUGGCAAUAUGGCAGAACCUGUCAACAGGCUGUACUGGCUUCACUUUUCAACCCUGGAUGUAUGAAAUACUUGGUCUAAUCUUUGUCUAUGGUUGCACACCACAACACAUCUCCAUUAUUGAUUUUAACCUGAACUCUAAAAAUUAGGCUUGGAUCAAAGAAUAUGUGCAUUAUUAGAUAUUUUUCAGUCAAUAAAAAGACUUGAAUGUUAAAGUUGUUUCACUUAAAGGUCAAUUUUAUAUUACAUUUGCAGUGGUCUCUAGUAGGGAUGAAUGCCAUAUAUGUUGGGGUUUUCUUUUUGGGGGGGGGGGGGGUGCUGUGGUGCGCAUGUUUAAGGACAUAGAACUCAACUGGAUGAGAAAGUUUGCAGCUUUGCGACGUUGAUGUUUUAUCUCCACAAAUAUCACACGCCUGGAGGAGUUCUGCUGUGUGGUGGACUUGCUAAUGCUAACAGUUAGCUUCUGUUGUCAAGACCAUUCUAAACCAACAAUAGCUUUCCCCAUCGUGAGUCUAGAUGGGUGAGUCCAUGAAUGUUAUGUGACAGCAUGGCGUAGAUCUGUCAGGCUUUUCUGAACUGAGUGUUUUUUUCCUAAGCUAAUGCAGGAAAUAGGGGUAAAAGAUAAUUUCACAUUCAGCCUGCAUGUUAAACUCAGAGUGACUGAUCAUUAUCAAAAAGUUGUUUUCUCAGUGAACCUGCUCUUUAAAGUAACAAUAAUAAAUCAUACCUUUACACGUCACAGUGGCUUAGUGUGUGUGGCACUAAAGUUAAAGUUCCUUUUCUUAGGGGCACAAACCAAAACUACGUUCACAACACCUGGGGUAGUUUUACACAUGCAGAAAAAAAUACUCAAGUAAAAAAAAUCAUUAAAAGAAAUCAAUAUUCAUGUAUUUAAAGUAAAUUUGUUAGUUUUGCUUAAGUGUGUGUCUACAUGCAAUCUGAAUUAUAUACACACAUCAUUUUCACCAGCUGUCUCUUAAAACUGUGAAUUUUCCUCCACCAGACUCACUAAUGUCACCCCCGCUGCGCUGGAAAAAGCACACCUGAAUUGCCGCUCAACAGCCAAUCAUUUUGAAUGCUAAGGGGAGAUCAAACAGCCAUGGCUGAGCACAUGAUGAUGCCUAUGACCCAUGGCUUUAGGAUGGGCAUGAAUGGACUUCCACAGCACAACGGUCAGCCUGGCCUUCGCGGGAUGCCCAAUGGCCAGGUGUUGCACUAUGGCAGGAACCCUCAAAGCAAUGCAGAGGUUGCCAUGAGACAGAGACCAAAUAUGGUUGGACCAGGAGGAAUGGGGAGUCCUGUGAAUGGAGCUCCCAUGGUCAAUCAUCAUCAUCAGAUGAUGCCUGGGAACAUGAUGUACAACAGCCAGGGUCCACAGCAGCAGCAGCAGCAGCACCACCACAUGCAUCCCCAACAGCAGCAGCAACCCCAGCAGGGUGGACACAUGCACCAGUACCACCAUGGUAACCUCACCUCUCAGCAGCUCAUGGCAAGCAUGCACCUCCAAAAACUCAACACUCAGUACCAUGGACAUCCUCUGGCCUCAGCCAACGGCCACCCCUUGCCCAAUGGAACACAGUACCGGAUGGGUUCGUCGCAGCUUGCAGGCAUGCAACACAUCGGCGGGCCUUUGGGACUCAAUGGAAUGGACAUGGAUUUGAUCGACGAGGAGGUUCUGACUUCUCUGGUGUUGGAGUUUGGCUUGGAUCGUGUUCAGGAGCUGCCCGAGCUCUUUCUGGGACAGAAUGAGUUUGACUUCAUAUCGGACUUUGUGUGCAAACAGCAGCCUAGCACGGUGAGCUGUUGAACUGGAUGCCGACUUGGUUUGUUUGGACCGAACACCCCAAAGAAUGACUGAGCAGCUACAGUAGCACAGCGAAAGGAGACAAUCUCUGUGUUCUGUUGGGUGUUUCUUUGUCUAUUUAUGACAAGUGUCUAGUAAACCUUCAUUGUGGCCUGCCUAUGCCUGCUAGUAAAUGAAGAAUUGUUAUGAGUGUAAAUGCAGGAUAAAAAAAGUGCCAGUUUUCUCUUUUCUUUGAGUCGAUGCCAGAAGAUCUGUCGCUUUUGGCCAAAUCAAGGCACCAUGACAUAGUGGGCUCUGUCUGUACCCAUCUGGCCCUCAGCACAUGUGCCUACUGUGCCAAGGCUUUUGGAUAGUUGUAAAUUUCACAAACAUAAUAGAGAAAGACGACUUUCAGAGUAGUCGUCAGGUUCUUUGGAAAUCCUGUGGCAUCUGUAAAUGUAUUUCAUCUCAGACAAAAAAGAAUUCAGCUGGUAGCAAAUGUCUUACAAGAUCUAAAAGCUAGUCUUCUUUGUUUAUACAAGGACGGAAGUAUUUAACAUGUGGGAUUGACUGUGUGUGUGAGGUUUGCUUGUGUGUGUACAUAUUGAAGGCUGGCUCUUCGAAAAACCUACUUCUUAUAAGACAAUUUCAUGAUCACACCUCACUCCUUGAUGAUAGGUUUGUAAUGUUGGAUAUUUGGGGUUGUAAUCUUGAAUUUUACUGAAUUUGCAACGUUUUAUUGUAUCUGAUAUGAUCACUGCUGUUUAGCCUUGACAAAAUUAGUGGCAAAGUAGUCCAUUAGAGUUGGCUGACUCAAAACAUUUUUGUAAGUUUGUAAGAAGUCUUACUGCCACAUGUUGGGAGUCCAUAAUAUUGGGUUAUUGGAUAAUGGAAGUUUAAGAAUAUGUAUAAAAACAAAUUCCAAAAAACACGUCCUGGUCAUAAGAUUCUUUUAAUUAUCAAUACAUGCAUGAUUGGAGUUUUUUUUUUUUUUUUUUUGCACAUUAAAGGAAGACUAGGCAGUUUUGGCUUUCUUUAAGCGCCCCCUAGUGUCUGUUUAGUAGAACCGAAAGCAAAACUUACCUCCUUGCCGUGCGCUUCACUUUAAUCUUACAGCUGAAAUGUCUCCCCAGCCUUCAUUAGUGUCUACAGAAGUGAUUCAGCACCAAACAAAUCAACUGGUUUCAUGAUCUAAAAACAUGCAGGAAACGUGCUGGAACCAGACUGCAGCACACGGUAUGUCCGCUGUAUUAUUUUCUAAGUCCAACAGACCAGAACGGCACUCUGAAGUUGCAAAUGCCAUGUCCUGGCCACAGAGGGCGGUAGGGGUCUGAGUGACAUUCUAUUAACCCUGUAAAGGGUCAUUUUAGCACACACUGACUCAAGAAAGUUAUAUAAAAAAAGAAAAAUUGUUGCAAAUGAUCCCUUUAAUGCAUCCUUUAAUAAUCCCUUUAGUGCUGCAAGCCUUGAAUCCAGAAGGAUAUUUUUUGUAGAUGUACUGGUGCAACAAUCACCAACAGGACUCAGCUUAAUCAAUGUUUGAAGCUUCCAAAACUCGUUUAAUUGAUUUGCUAGAGCAGAAAGUGAGCAGUAAAGUCAUUCUCGACAUAUAUUAAUUUACUCUUCUGAUUAAAUGACAUUUGCUCACAUGCUUGUGUUAACUGAGGUAAUAUGCAUUCUCCAAUGACCCAAUCAUUGCAAAAAUGCACAUGUUCUGUGGUGAUUUUUCUUGCACUCCCUCUUCUUAACCGCAGUAUGAAAUUUGUUUUUUGGCCAAGGUUGUUGUUUUGUAACUGUGUGGAGAACAUGCGCUCACAAAGCUAUUGGUGGAGUUAUCUGAGAGGUCGUUGCUGUACGUGUCCACCGUGUUAACUGUGCUGCAGUUAACUCUGAAAAUCUGCCUUCUCUGAGCUCUUGACAAGAGGUAUCGAAACACUGAAACCCAAUCACAGCAUCUGAUUUUUUUUUUUUUUGCAAAAUGCCAACCAGUCAGUCAAACUCACAAUUUCUGUCAAAACUGGGGAAAAUUCUGCCCUAAGCUGAACAGUGGCCUCAUUACUGCUCAGUGCAGCCUUUUUGUGUAUGGUGUCUUUGUACUGUAGGCUAGAGGUGAAGGUACACUUUAAGGUACACCAAUGAAAAUAAGCAAAAAAAAACAAAAAGAAACAAUAACACACAAUGUAAAUGUAAAUCAGUGGCUGAUUUUGAUGUGUAUACACGAAACUCUAUCCUACAUUUUUACAGUGUAGAUAAUGUAAACCAACGUCUUUGGAUGCAGGGCCUAAAGCUUGAAGACCAAGUAGACUGCACGUUUAAACAAAUGUGAGGGAUGCCACCACUUUCCAACAAUGUUUCUAAGAAUGUACAGAGAAGCGCUUUGUGGGAAUUUGUCUAAGAUGAUAGAUUAUUGUGAGAUUGUACUCCUUGUUCCAAAAUUACUUAGAAUUAAUUUGGUUACUCCUCCCACUGUCUCUUCCACUUCCCUAAAGCUUUUGUAAUGGUAUUGAUUCUAUUUUAAGAAAAUGUAUUUAUUUUCAAAUAAAAUUAUUUAUUUUAA